AUGUAUUGUAAAGAUUUUGUUAAACUUAAAAAUAAAUGGAGCGAAUUUGAUAAUAGAUACAAAUGUUGUGACAAUAAAUGUAUAAAUACAAGCAAUCCUAUUGGCAAUUGUAUUGAAGGAAAUGGAUUCGGAAAUUUAAUCAGCGAUGAAAAUAUUAAAUAUGUUAAUUGUUUGAAGGGCAGUGAUGAAUUUGUUCUCAUUUGUGCUGAAAAUACAUUCAAAAAACCACAAAAUUGUUUAAAUUAUUCUUUAUUCUAUUUUGAAAUUAAACGUAAAAUUGAAAGAAACUAUGGAAAAUGGAUGAAUAUCGGUCUUCAAAAUGGUAGUACAAAUAAAUUUGUUAGUUAUUUUGCAAGGCUUUCUAUGAUUAAAAAUGAGAAAAAUGAAGAAUUUAAACUCUCACAAACACUUCCUUGGAAUGAAGAUGAUAUUUUUGGUUGUGGACUAGUUUAUCCUUCAACUAAUAAGUUAAAUGAAGUAUUUCCUUAUGUUUUCUUUACACAAAAUGGAAAACAAAUUGGUAAGGCUAUAUUAGUAAUGGAAAGUAAUGACUUGUACAGCCCAUAUGUAUUGCUGAAAUGUUGUUCAAUUGAGGCUAAUUUUGGGAAUGAUUUGGAGAAUAAGCCGUUUAAAUAUGAUAUUUCAGAACAUUUAAUUUGUGAUGAAUUUUAUUGAAAAUUUGUUUUGAUUAAUUUAUUUGUUUUUACUUCUCCACAAAAAAUAAAAUUGUUAGAAAUUUUUAAAAAUAAAUUUAUUUAAGGAAUAUUUUUUAAUAAAUUAUUUAAGAUUUCCUAUAGGGUUCAAAAUAUUUUUCGCAUCGAUUUUCAUUUUUAGGAACUGGAAAAGCUUUAUAAGACGCGCUAAUUUAAAAAGGAAAUAAAUAAAAGAUCUGUCUCGGAGAAUUAAAAAAGAAAUUGUGAUUUUUUAUUACCAGCUGCGCAUGUUAAUUCUGUUUUUUUGAGUGGUUUGAUUUUUUGGUGUAAAUAAAAUAAAAAUGUUUGUAGGUAGAAAAGUUGGAAAAGAUUACCAAUAAUUGUUAUUUUUGGAUUAGUUAAUGCCGUAUUUCCUUUACCCUGGGGAAUUAUUGUUUCAACUUAUCGUUGGGGGAUUACUCUAGGUUCUACGGUAUUGAUAAAUCUAUUUUUUUACUUAUUAUCUG